CAUCGCGAAUGUCAACAUCGCUGGUGUGUAUUAGUGGCUCGGCCGAGGGCCAAUCGCUGCGAGCGAGUUCCCCGUGCCCUCCUCCGAUUUGGCUGACGGGGAGAGAUUCCUACCGUCGUACGCCGCUAUUUAUUCGCGCUCCGGAUGCCUGGUAGGAUGCGAGCUGGGGCGUUAUUGUUGUUGUUGUUGAUGAUGCUGAUAUAUGAGCCCCCCCCGACAGAUGCAACACCUCAGUCCAAUGUGCAGCAACUUGGGGAGGAAGACCUGCGUAGACGUGAAUAUGCACAAGCCGAUGCCUCUUAUCAAUGGGAUGCUCUGCCCGGAGUUUCCUGGCUACUCGGGCCAAUCAGGAGAGGGCGAAAUUGGCGUGUUCUCUCGUCGCCGCCGGCGCGGGGCACAGCUGGGCGCUCGCCAUUGGUCCAGCGCGGCAUCGAACGAUACCGGCCGCCACCAGCCCUUCGCACCGUGCCACACUGUCCCCUAUCGCGCCUUUCCCAGGCGCAGUGCACAGUGCCAGCCUACAAACAUCGGAAAACUCUUCGGUCCCAUGGAAUUCCCACCCCCCAGCACCGAUUUCGAUUGCGAUACGACGAGCUUAGCCCAGCUCCCACCCAGCGAAGACAGAUCCAUCGGUCAAUGGCAGCGUAGCUGGGAAUAACGAGACCGGCCUUGAGAACAACACAGAGGAAACCAGGAUAAGAAGAAUUGGCCAGAGCUGCGGUUUACGACUC